ACAAAAAAUUACUAAGUAAAAUAAACCACAAUUGUUUUUAGGAGAAGUUCUGGUUUAAUGGUUUGUUAUUUAAUACUAAUAAAAGAACACUUUUCACUUCGAUACAAAUGUAUGAAUAAUAACGUCAAGUUGCAAACCUUUUUUUAUUAUUUUAUCGGACAAAUAAUAAAUUUCAAUUAGUUUGCUAAUGAUAAUGUUAACAAAUCAAUAACAAACACUCGCUAUUUAGAGACUAAAUAGUAAAGAACUAAAGAAAGUAAAUUAAAAAAAAUAUGUUUGUUUUUUUUUAACUAAUUAGUGGAAAAUUAAUUUAGUAAAAAAAAAUAAAAAAAUUGUUUACAAAAUAAACAUGUUUUCAAAAACUAGCUGCUGUUGCUGGAAAUCACCAAAUAAAACGGAAAUUACUACAGAUGUUACCACAGGUGGUAUACAAAAUAAGAGCUAUGAUUCCUGGGAACCAUUUCCACAAACACAAUCCUCUUCGAUAGCAACGGAUCAAGAAUCUAAAUCAUCUUCUGUGGCUGUGAUCCAACAACCUAAAUUAUCGAAAAGUUCUCGCAGUUCUUUGGAAAGUAUAAAACUUUCAAAAAUUGAUUUGAAUUUAGAUUUAUUUGAAGAUAAUAAACGUUUUACGGAUAUGUCGGAAACUAUACACAAAAGUUUUUCGGAUUUGAAUAAUAUUUAAGAGUACUUCAUCGACAAUAAUAGCACAACCUAGUGACGAUUCGGGUACCGGGACAUUUCGUAAGAAAAACUAUACCACAACAGUGAAUCACAACAUAACGACGACAACCAUCACAACGGAAAAUAACGAAGAAAAUUAGUUUCUAGACACAAUAGUUUUAAUAACGGAAAAAUAAUGUAUAGAUAUUAAGUUUUU